GAAGACGAUGACGACGAUGAUGAUGAGGAGGCUCCCAAGAGUGGCAAGCGUGCUGGAAGAAGAAAGAUCAAGAUUGAGUAUAUCGAAGACAAAAGUCGACGCCAUAUCACCUUCUCAAAACGCAAGUCUGGAAUCAUGAAGAAGGCAUAUGAACUUAGUACCCUCACAGGAACUCAAGUCUUGUUGUUGGUUGUUUCAGAGACAGGGCUCGUCUACACGUUCACGACACCUAAAUUGCAACCUUUGGUCACUAAACCUGAAGGCAAAAACCUCAUUCAAGCCUGUCUGCAUGCUCCU